AUGGCGACCACCACUUUCCCGUCCACCAGCUCACAUUUCUUCGAGUUAUCGGAAAACAGAUACGAUAUCAAUCAGAUAGUGAAGGGUGUAGAUGCAGCUUUCAAGAGGAAAGAGCAGGAACAAGACGAGAUCAUUGAUUCACCCUCACCAUCUCACUUUCACCUCCAUACAUGUACGAUUGAAACGUCACUGAAAACACCUCAAGAAAACCUAUAUUAUUGGGAUGGUCCACCACGACCCAACGCAGCUUACAAGCUAUACACUUCACUCAAGUCGAGACUUACCGAGGAAUUAGAUCCAUUUGUAUCACUUGACAUCGCUCUCCCGACCAAUAACGAUGUUGUCCGACCAGGACCGAUCGCUGGAGGUCAAACUAUUAUGCCGAACGCAUAUACUCCCGGUAUCAAGAUAUUCCUUCCCGGUGCACACAGGAAGAAGAAUCUUGCUGUACUUGAAUCAAUAGAAAGUCCAGCAAGUAAAGAAUGGAUGUUAUCUGCCACGGCUUGGGAUAUGCAAAAUUGGUUACAUGCCAUUUUAUCUCUAGAUCCAACGUUUGAACCAACAAGAAAAGGUAUUUACAGAGACGAUAAAAAGAGGUUUCAACUUCAAUCUGGAUUACAAAUCUGUUGGAUACCAGGCAAUGAAGAUGAAAACGAAGAUUCAGCAAUAGAUCUCAAGCUCUUAAUUACCAUCAACGUUUAUAUGGAUAUGACGAAUAUUUUCGAUCCACUACCUGAAGCAGGUCAAGAUAUGCUUGGUCUGAUUCUUCACUCCCUGAUAUCCUCACCAACUUCUGCCAACUUCUCUAACGAAACUAAGGCUCGUGCAGCUGGGCUACGACAUUUUUACGCUUCUUUGAGACCUGCUCCAGAUCUGCCCUUCAAUUACUCGGCUAAACAACUACAACCCAAAGAGAUGAGUUCGAAACUUUUACCUUUCCAAACUAGAACAGUUCGUCUACUUCUCCAGCGAGAGCAAGGAAUCACUGAAAGAGAUAACAAAGAUGCAGGACCAUCAGAUCCAGCAGGUUUUUGGAAAGCUUAUGAUUUCGGUCAACAAGAACGGAGAAUCGGGUAUAGGCGAUUAACCGGAAACUUCAUUCCAUUAGGAGAUGGUCUGACAGUCAAAACAGAUCGGAAAGGUAAAGGUAAAGCUAUCGAGGCUUCCCCGGAAAGGUCGUUAGAUGACUUGACAAUUGAAGAGGAAAAGAAGGUAUCAGCUAUAUUAGACUUGUCGACCGUGAGGGGCACUUUGCUCUGUGAGGAAAUGGGUCUCGGCAAGACGGUGGAGUCGAUCGCGCUUCUUCUCCUUCAUCGACACCCCCUUUCCAAACCUCGCAUAAAUCGAGUAUCAUCUACUGGAAAAGAUGUAACGGAUCCGAAGGAAGCUGAGAUUGUGCCUGUCAUCGACUUACUGCAAGGCACACCGGGUAUGGAUGAUAAAGACAUAAGGGAAUGGGUCGACUCUGAACAAGCUGCUUUUGCUGGCAAAAAAUCAUGGGACGAACAAGCUCAACUAGAUGUAACAGAAGUCGCCACAACACUCGUUGUUACACCACCGUCAUUGCUCAGACAGUGGGUCUCCGAAAUGCAGAGACAUGCGCCUACUCUUCGGGUGUGCGUCUAUGAAGGAUGGAAAUCACUUCAAAAGGGCGUUGAGAAACAAAGAGCUGCCAGGAUGAAAGCUGCCGAAGCUAAUAAGAAACGACAAGCUGUCGCGUUCAGAAAUGAGACCAGGAAUAAGUAUGUCAAGCCAAAUGGAGGAGGAAAAAUAAAGGUAGAAAGUGGUGGUGAAGAUGACGAUGACGUCAAACCAGGGAACGGGGGCGCAGAGGAGGGAACUUUGCAAGUGACUCAAAGGCAAUUCGUAGAAUAUGUCAGAGCGCAUGAUGUGGUGGUUACCACUUACCAAGACCGUAAGCUUACCUUUAGAAAGGUACGAUUGCCUUUCACCUUACUAAAUUGUUCAUAUUUCACAGUAUCACAGGAUCUCAAAGUUGCACAUCCAGCUCCACCUAGAAGCAGAAGGUCCACCGCUAAUUACAAACCGAAUGAAAGGCCUCGAAGUCCACUGAUUAUGGUCGAAUGGUGGCGAGUCAUAAUGGAUGAAGUACAGCUUCAAGGCGACCAGAGCGGUGCUGCGAACAUGGUCUCUUUGAUACCUCGAAAGAAUUCGUUGGCUGUGUCUGGUACUCCUGCUAGAGCCGACAUCAAGGAUUUAAUGGGUUCACUCAAAUUCCUUCGAGUACCUGUACUUCCAUUUGACAAUCGACUAUGGCGGCGAUUGCAACAGCCCUCCAUGCGACCUGCAUUCGAAGGGUUGUUCAGGAGCAUUUCUGUCCGCACGACUAAGAAAGAGGUGUCCGGUGAAUUCAAUCUUCCACAUCAAGCACGUUUUGUAGUGCCUAUCGAAUUAUCCGAAAUCGAAUUACAUUAUUACAACGAUACACUCGAACGAUUCCGAGAACGACUUCAUCUACCUGCUGAUCCAAGGGAAGCGAGGCCCGCGGAAUGGACAUUCGAUAGACAUCUUUUCAUCGUUUGCUUGAAGAACUUACGACAGAUCUGUACUCAUAUUCAGGUCGGCCAACUGCGCGAAGGAGCGGUUCCAAGAGGAGAAAGAAGACUGCAUCUUGGUAGAGCCUUGAUGACGAUGACUGAAGCUUUGGAGAAGAUGAGAAAUGAUCAUACUGCAGAGUUUUUGCUUGAUUCUCGAGAACAGAUGCGGAAGAUGAUUCGUAAAGCCCAAUUGACUGUUAUGAAUGAUGCCGAUCAAAUUCGUUACCUUACUGCUUUAAAUCUGUAUGAGAAAGUUCGCACGACAGUCAUAAAACAACUUGGUCCGGUUCGGGAACAUCUCAAGAAUCUUUUAGGAGGCAGAGAAGAUACUAUCGACCUAGAAAGAGAUACUCCAGAUCGUCACCAAACACAACAAGAGCGAGAAAGGUCCCAAGCUCUGACGACAGCCAGACAAGCGAUCCGAGAGAUGUCAAUCGUUUUACAUCAAGCUUGGUUUUUCGAAGGUGAUGUCAGGCAUAUCCAGAAACAGGAGGAAGAAGAGGUCAAUUGUUACGCUCAAGCCGACUUAAUCCGAAAAGAGAUCCUCAGACGACCUUUACAGACCGCCAAUAUGUCAGUGCAGUAUCUUCAACGUCAGCUAGAGCACACCGCUGCCAUCCAUGAUGUUACUGAAUUACAAACGGAAGAGACUUCCACACGUGGAGGCAUGUUAUCAAAUGAUAUCAUCACUCAAGCGAAUGAACUCCUUGAAAUCUUGAACGACAAUGCCUAUCUGGUCUUCGAUUGGCGAGCCAAGAUCUUAGCCUUACUAUCCUCGCCUAUUGAUGCAGAUACCGCGGACCAACGCGCUCCAGGAGAAGGUCAAGAUGUCGAGGAUCCGGAAGCGGAGUACUAUGCAGAGGCUUUGAAAGCUCAAGGAGAGGUCGAGGCUUACAUGAUCGCUUUUGCUGCUGCGAUCGCAGAUAGAAAAGAAUUUUUACUUGAGAACAGAAGUAUAUUGGCUGCUCACGAUGCAAAACAGACCAAGCAGCGAAGUACCAAGGCUGCUAUAAAUGCCAUGAUUGAUGUGGAAAUGGUCAAUGUACCAGAUGAUGUACAAGAACAAGCUACUUUGCUCAUGAAAGAGAGACAAGCUUUCCGAGAUGCGAGAGUUGAAAAAGAUUGUGAGAGACCGCUAAAGGGACUUCUCAUUGAUUUGAAUGGACCAAAUCGACCCGAAGAGAUCACCAUCGCGAAGAACAUGGCAAUGAUGCUGAAAGCCUUUAUCAAGGAGCAAACUGAAUAUGUGGAUAAGCUGAAUAAGGAACUAGACAUGUUCCGAGUUACGUUCAACAAGCGUGUAAAGUAUUUCGCUGCCUUGCAAGAGAUUUCCGAUUCGGUCGCUACUCCAGAGUCCAAAGAUCUCGACAAAGAUAUAGAGGCAUACUCAAAGGAAAUAGAUGAAUUUGAAGUGAAAUUGGCCAGAAUGGUAGUGAAAGGUCGAUAUCUCCAGUACCUAGGGACAAGGGAACAGGAACAUGAAGAUAUCAGAGAAGACUGUAUUAUCUGCUUUGGUAGCAGUGAUGAUAAUCAAGCGGUGUUACUUCAAUGUGGACACUAUUUCUGUCUGUCCUGUUACAAGGAGUACCGAAAAUCGCCUGUAGGAAGGAAAUGUCCUUCAUGUCGAAUGAAUAUCGAUAGUAAAGAAGUCACUCGAAUCAAGCUUAAUCCAGCUAGAAUCGAUAACCCAGGAAUCUCUGAUGAUGUAGUACCUAAGAUAGAAGAAGGAACAAAUGAGACAGUACCAGAACCGCAAGAUUUACCUGAGGAAGGAACUGAACAAUACGAAAGAGAAAGAAGGGCAGCAGAUUUAAGGAGAUUGAAUUACGUGGAUGAGGAGAAAAUGAGGAAUGUUCAGGGUAUGGAUAUGCUUGGUGAAUAUGGAUCGAAGAUCAAUUUCUUGACCAAGCAUUUAUUGUAUUACAAAUCGAGAGAACCUGACGCUCGACACGUAAUAUUUUCAAACUGGUCUGACAGUCUAAACAUCGUAAUGCAAGCACUCCGAUCCAAUGAUAUAUCAUUCACCUCCUUCGAUCAAGGUCAAAAGCAGAAAGAUGUGGUAGAUCGAUUUCUGAAAGAUAGAACCAUCAAAGUGUUCUUACUCCAUGCUGAGAAAGAAAGCUCCGGUUUGACAUUGACUAGCUGUAGAGUUGUUCAUUUGUUGGAACCUGUCCUGAGGCAUAGUUUCGAAUUACAAGCUAUCGGACGUGUUGAUCGAUUGGGUCAAAAGAAGAAAACGUCUGUUUACUGCUACACGACACUCGAGACUGUGGAAUCACGCAUUCUUUCCCAAGGAGUACGAAACGGGACCUCGAUCUAUCUGGAUGACGAAAAUGCAGAUCAACAAGUUGCUGACAUGCCCAACGUGGCUUCUGCAGCUACUAGAGGGGGCGAUGUAGGACAAGAAGGGAACGAAGAGGAUUUAUUAGGAUUGAUAUUGUAG